GGUGCAGCCAAUCGCGAGCAACGCUGCUAGUUAUCAGAGCAGAAUGGGCUGUAGUUUAGUGAAAUAGGAAAGCUGCAAAACACUGUGGAGUGUUCCCGUGUAAAUAAAAAGAGGAAAAAAAAGUUUCUCAAGUCGCCGCUGCACUACGUCGGGCCGGCGCCGGGGCGGGGGUCUGCGCUCUCCCGAGCGGCCGCGCGCUGGACUUUAUUGUGCCGCAACAAGCCCCCGUUCCCAUUGUUUGUUUUUUUCAAAAUAUGGCAAAGGUUCAGGUGAACAAUGUAGUGGUGCUGGAUAAUCCUUCUCCUUUCUACAACCCAUUCCAGUUUGAGAUCACCUUCGAAUGCAUCGAGGACCUGUCUGAAGACUUGGAAUGGAAAAUUAUCUAUGUGGGCUCUGCAGAAAGUGAAGAAUACGAUCAAGUUUUAGACUCUGUUUUAGUGGGCCCUGUUCCUGCAGGAAGGCAUAUGUUUGUAUUUCAGGCUGAUGCACCUAAUCCAGGACUCAUUCCAGAUGCAGAUGCAGUAGGUGUCACCGUUGUGCUAAUUACAUGCACCUAUCGAGGUCAAGAAUUUAUUAGAGUUGGCUACUAUGUAAAUAAUGAAUAUACUGAGACAGAAUUAAGGGAAAAUCCACCAGUAAAACCAGACUUUUCUAAGCUUCAAAGGAACAUUUUGGCAUCUAAUCCCAGAGUCACAAGAUUCCACAUUAACUGGGAAGACAACACAGAAAAACUAGAAGAUGCAGAGAGCAGUAAUCCAAAUCUACAAUCACUUCUUUCAACAGAUGCAUUACCUUCAGCAUCAAAGGGAUGGUCCACGUCAGAAAACUCACUAAAUGUCAUGCUAGAAUCCCACAUGGACUGCAUGUGACUACCUGCCAUCCUUUUAGUACAAAUUAAGCUAUAAAAACAUACAGAACUAUUUCCCUGAAAUUCCAUAAGUCAUAGUCAAGACACAAUGUGAAGAAUUUGUUUAAAAAAACAUCCUGUAGAAAGUUUAUAAGAAAACCAGUAUUUGAGCAAAUUGUGGAAUAUAAAUACAACUAUUUUUAAGUAAUUUUUUUCUCUAAUGUGUUAUUUUAUUUGUUCUGAAACUAAUCUGAUCAAAACAUAUAUAUUGUUUUCUUCUCUAUAUGUAAUUAAAGCACUUAUAAAGAAAUAUGAAUCAUUAGACCAGGUUGUAAAGAUGUUUUAGCCUCCUGGACAAUAAUCUUUGGACCACUAUUUUAGUGGCCUUCAAAAGAACAAAGUUCACUUCAACUAAAAUGUUUUUUCCUAUAGUAACACAAUUUGGUUUUAUAAUUCAAGGGGCAAAUUUCCUUUUUUUUUUGUGGCAUGUCCUUAAAGAAGAGAUUGGAAGUCAACCAUAUGCUACCAAGAACUUUAGGAUCUGAUUUUCCAGGCCAUCUUCAAGCCUCCUGUGGCUGUUACAGUUCACAUAAUGUUAGCAUUCAAUUUGGUUUAUAAGGUAAUAACAAAUAUCGUUAAUUCUUUAUAAAGUUCUCUGGUUAUGGUUUCUGUUUUUGUAACAGUUUAGGACAUCAGAGCACUCCUUGAAUCAUACAGCAUUAUUAUCCCGUGAAUUCAACACGUCAAGAGCAGAUAUAAACUCCCUAAGUUUAAGAAUAGGAGAGUAUAAUGACUUAGAUCUAUUCAUUAGAUUUAUAAAAAAACUAUAAACUUAACUCUUUAAAAUUGUUUUGACAGGUCAUUUGUUGACAGCAUUUAUAUAAAAACAGUGGAUUUAGAAAAGUAUAUUUAGCUUUAUCGUAACAAGAUAAGUUACUAUUUUGGAAAUAUAUAUAUUUUCACACAUGUAGUACUCUUCUCCAUAUAUAUAUUUUCACACAUGUUGUACUCUCCUUCAUAUCCCCUGACAUUCAUGCAGAAUAUGAUUAGGCAUAUUUGUGGUUGAUAUAGUCUAGAUAGCUUUUCCAGAUGGUUUUUUUAAAGCAAUCUUGGAAAGCAUUAAAUGGGCCAAAAGGUUCUUUUUCUUUGAUGAGAGCUAGGUCCUUCCUCAAAAGUUUCUUGACACUCCAUUAAAUUAAGUGUAGAAUAUUUUCAUUACUCUUGCUGCUAAGCAAGACAUCAGCCAUAUGAUGCAGAGUUAUGCAGUGCCUUCAUAACUAAAACUUUUAUACUGCACUUUUUAAAGCUUUUAUUUUGAGGAAGGGAAAAAGGGCAUUUGAAUAUGGAAUCUAAGUUGUACAUAUUUCCUGUCAUUCUAAAAAGUGAACUUGUGAAGCAAAAUUUUGCUAAAUGUUAAACUUUGAAAUUUAAUAUACCAGAUUAUUAACAUCCUGUCCACUAACUAGUUCAUAAGUUUUAAAAGCAAAAUACAUCCUACUGUUAAAACUAUAUGAAGAAAAUUUCAUUUUUGUCUAAUUGCAAUUAAAAGAAAAUGUUAAAAUAUUAAAAUGAAAAUAAAAUACUUUCCAACAAAGAGCUCAGUGAUUAAUAUAACAAGGACAAGAUAUGUGCUUGUUAUAAAUAAAGCAUAUAUAAGACAAAUUACAAAUAAA